GUCAUGAUUGUUCAAGAUAUAAUGAUCAUAUGAGACUACUCCUUGCUGCAAAUGUCAUAUGACUCAUCAGAAAAAUUUGCUCAGAAGAGAAAAUCCAUAUGACCAGACCCAUUUCUUUAUUGAAUGGCUUGAUGGAUUUCCUUUACUUGGAUAGAUACCAAAGCUGUCCUUCUCAACCAAAGCAAGAAAGGAUCCUGCAUGAGUCAAUCGCAGAAUGACCUUUCUACAUCACCAAAAGGUGAAGAAAACCUCAUGAAUAUCAAUCACAGAGACUCAGAGAGCAUCACUGAUGUCUGCUCCAAUGAGGAUCUCCCUGAAGUUGAGCUGGUGAGUCUGCUAGAAGAACAGCUACCCCAGUAUAAGCUAAGAGUAGACUCUCUCUUUUUAUAUGAAAACCAAGACUGGACUCAGACCCCACACCAGCAUCAACAUGCCUCUGAUGCCCUCUCUCCAGUCCUUGCUGAAGAGACUUUCCGUUAUAUGAUUCUAGGCACAGACAGGGUGGAGCAGAUGACCAAAACUUACAAUGACAUCGACAUGGUUACACAUCUCCUGGCAGAGAGAGAUCGUGAUCUGGAACUAGCAGCUCGAAUUGGACAAGCUCUCUUAAAGCGGAACCAUGUCUUAUCUGAGCAGAAUGAAGCCCUGGAGGAGCAAUUGGGACAAGCCUUUGAUCAAGUUCAUCAGCUGCAGCAUGAGCUCUCCAAGAAAGAGGAGUUACUUCGGAUUGUUUCCAUUGCUUCUGAAGAGAGUGAAACUGACUCCAGCUGUUCUACACCUCUGCGCUUCAAUGAGUCCUUUAGCUUAUCUCAAGGUCUGCUGCAGUUGGACAUGCUGCAGGAAAAGCUUAAGGAACUGGAAGAAGAGAAUAUGGUUCUUCGAUCUAAGGCUUGUCACAUAAAGACAGAAACUAUUACCUAUGAAGAGAAGGAACAACAGCUUGUCAAUGACUGUGUUAAAGAGCUUCGUGAAACAAAUGCUCAGAUGUCUAGAAUGACUGAGGAAUUGUCAGGGAAGAGUGAUGAACUGAUUCGAUAUCAAGAAGAGAUCUCUUCACUCCUAUCUCAGAUUGUAGAUCUUCAGCACAAACUUAAAGAACAUGUGAUUGAGAAGGAAGAACUAAGACUUCACCUGCAAGCUUCCAAGGAUGCUCAAAGACAGCUAACAAUGGAGCUGCAUGAGUUACAAGACAGGAACAUGGAAUGUCUGGGAAUGCUGCAUGAAUCCCAAGAAGAAAUCAAGGAACUCCGUAGUAGAUCUGGCCCUGCUGCUCAUCUCUAUCCCUCCCAGUCAUAUGGAGAAUUUUCUGGGGAGUCUUUGGCAGCUGAGAUUGAGGGGACCAUGCGUAAAAAGUUGAGUUUGGAUGAGGAGUCUUCUCUCUUUAAACAAAAAGCCCAACAGAAACGGGUAUUUGACACCGUAAAGGUUGCCAAUGAUACACGGGGACGUUCUGUCCCAUUCCCAGCUCUGCUGCCCAUUCCAGGCUCCAACCGCUCAAGUGUCAUCAUGACAGCAAAACCUUUUGAGUCGGGUUUACAGCAGUCAGAGGACAAGACAUUUCUGAAGCAGGGCAGCAUCUCAGAGGAGGUUCCUGGGAAUGCUCAGGAGAUGGGUCAGCCAGGAACCUCUGGAGACAGUGAUUUGGCUACAGCACUGCAUCGCCUCAGUCUGCGUCGACAGAACUAUUUGAGUGAGAAGCAGUUCUUUGCCCAAGAAUGGGAACGGAAGAUCCAGGUUCUGGCUGAUGAAAAAGAAGGGACUAAUGAUUGUGACAGCCCUGCAGAGAGCCUUGCUACUCUCUGCACUGACCAGUCAGAGAUAACAGACCUCAGCAGUGCCAGUUGCCUUCGAGGUUUUAUGCCAGAAAAAUUACAGAUUGUCAAGCCCCUUGAAGGAUCACAAACUCUACAUCAUUGGCAGCAGCUUGCUCAACCAAACUUGGGAACUAUUCUUGAUCCACGACCAGGUGUCAUCACUAAAGGCUUUACCCAGUUGCCCAAGGAUGCUCUUUAUCACCUCGCAGAUUUGGAAGAGGAUGACGAGGAGGGUAUCACUUUUCAGGUUCAGCAACCUCUUCAAUUGGAACAGGAGCCUCCAGUAUCCAAGCCAGUAACAGGAAUCUUUCUCCCACCCAUUACUUCAGCCGGUGGGCUGGUUACAGUUGCAGCUUCAAACCCAGGAAAGUGUCUGUCAUGCACAAACUCGACAUUCACCUUCACCACCUGUAGGAUAUUGCAUCCUUCGGACAUCACUCAGGUCACUCCCAGCUCUGGGUUCCCGUCAUUAUCCUGUGGAAGUAGUGGAAGCAGUUCAUCAAGCACAGCAGUGAACUCUCCCGCCAUGUCCUAUAGACUCAGCAUUGGGGAAUCCAUCACCAACCGACGCGAUGCUACCAUAACCUUUAGUAGCACCAUGAGCUUGGCCAAACUUCUCCAAGAGCGAGGCAUCUCUGCUAAAGUAUACCAUAGCCCAGUUUCAGAGAACCCCAUGCUCCAAACUCCCCCCAAAUCCCUGGUUAUUCCUUCCACUCCGCCAAAUUCACCUUCUCACUCACCUUGUCCUUCUCCUUUGCCUUUUGAGCCUCGAGCGCAUGUCUCUGAAAAUUUUUUGGCCUCUCGACCAGCAGAAACAUUCCUUCAGGAGAUGUAUGGCUUGAGACCAUCCCGGAACUCUCCUGACGUUGGCCAAUUGAAGAUGAAUUUAGUGGACAGGCUGAAGAGACUGGGCAUAGCCAGAGUCAUCAAGACCCCUGGUGCCCAGGGAAAUGGAAGAAGCCAAGAGGCAGAAAUUGAUCUUCAAAAACCAGACUCUCCUGUUUAUUUAAAUUCGGGUAGCAAUUUAUUAGGUGGCCUGAGGAGGAAUCAGAGUCUUCCAGUCAUUUUGAGUAGCUUUGGAACUCCGAUUUGCACAUCAUCACCUAAAAUGGGUAUCUUGAAGGAGGACUGAGGCUCAGUAGUUAACUGACCUCUUGUGCAGAUUAGCAUAUAAAGGACAGGCGUGCACUGGCACGGAUGGUCUGGUCUGAUUUGAGAGUAAAGGAAUGUUGUGGAAGGGUUGUGAAUGUGAAAAGAGGGAAGUGGAGAGAUGGAAACAGAAUUGAAAUGAGGCCCUAAUGGACCAGGUCUGGUCAAUUAAAGUUUUAAGUGACAGGACUAUGUGUAUUUGGAGGCAGAACAGAAAGAAAAGUUUAAUACACUCCUUCAGUUAGAUUUUCUUUUCUUGAAGAUAAAAAAUAAUUUCUGUAGUACUGCAACAUACCAGAAAUACUAAACUUGCUAGCACGUGUGCUUCAGGUAAUUCCAAGUGGGGAGAGCCCAAGUUACUGAGAGCUGGCAAAAGGAGGAGCAGUGUUGACUUGCUUAAAGAAAACCAUUAGGAAAGAUUGGUGGAAUGAACUCAGUCUUUUGCUGAGAUAAUAGUGAGAUGGCAUGUAUCAUUUCCUGAAUUGGUGUCAGGUUAAAUAAUGCAUCUGUCAGAUGGUAUGUUCAUAGCAUUAGCCAAACAAGAACUUUUACUUUUUUGCUAAGAUCAGAAAUGGGAACUCCCUAGUUCCUUCUUUUUAAGGCCUUUCAGCCACUAGAAGCACAAAUACUACCCAAAUUCCUUUUGUGUUUGCAAUUAAGGAAGGCAUCUGGCUGUUGGUUUUUUAAAAUUUGUGUUUCUAUACAAC